UACCACAACCUUACACUGGCAAAAUGUCAGCUGCGAUCAACACAGCAUCCAGGUCAAGUCCAAGUUAGUAAACCGUGACACAUUUCUUGUGCAGGGCAGCGAGGAUGCUGAGGGCUGCAAGCCCCGUUUUGUCCGUACCGACGACUGACGACACUUGCAAAUGCGACGAGAAAACAAGUAGGUCACUCAUACUCCUCUUAGCACGCGGUGCCAAAAGCGGACGGUCCUCCAGUUUGGUGGAGAAACCCACUUGAGGGGCUUCGCGAUUCUAAUGGAGCGAUGUUAGAUCCAAAGCGAGAGCGCGCUUGGGAGCAGUGAAGUGAGCCAUUAAAAGCCCGCUCCGCACGGGGAGAGGUCGUCUGCAGGCGCUCAAAUGUGCUGCAUAAAAAAAAAAUAAAAAAAUAAAAAAUAAAAAAAAAAGAACAACGCACCGGACCCCUCCGAUCGGAGCCGUCCACGGAAUCGAGUUAAGACCCAGAGGUUCAAAAUCGCCGUUUGCAGAUUUCUCACUACACUUUGACCUUUUAUCUGGAGCUUUUGCUCAAUCCUGCCCAGGGAAAUCUGUAUCUUAAUAAAACAAGAGCCUUUCCAGAAUUCUGCUAGCACAUCUAUGUGGCUGGUGGAGAAGAUCUGUGUGUCAAUGGAGAGCUCCAUCCUGCCCAUGUCAUCAUCAGAAUUCAGCUUCAAGAUCGGUGACGUCAUGUUCGGGGAAAAAUCGAACAAACACAAAAGAAUUUCCCUCUUCCCUAAUGUCAUCACCCCUGACAACAUCCCAGAGUUCUGCAUCCCGCCAACCAUUCCUUCCCCGCCGGACCUAAAGAAUACGGACCACAGCCGAGCUGUUCGUGUUGCCAAAGCGAACCUCUGCGAAAAGGUAGAGGUGGUGCAUCAUGAGCUCCUGAACCCGCAUAUUAUCCAGGUGGAGAGCGUGGAUGAGGGCCCCUGCAGUGAUGAGGAGACAACAAACGCUGAUCCUCAAAGCCAGGCUGCCUUGUCCCUCCCCCAUUUGGCCAAAGCUCAGACCUGCUACGGCUUCUGCACCUUACUGGAGAGCCCACACACCAGGAGGAAGGAGUCCCUUUUCCACUCCGAUCCAAGUUCCUCUCCCCUGCUGCUCCCCAGGAGCCGAUCCGCCACCUGCUCUAAAGUCACCUCACCCUCCUUGUCGUCGCCUUCCUCCGUUAGUCUCAACAGUCUCACAUCCAGACGUUCCCCGAGAGGACACAAUGUCAACUGGCAGGGGGCUCUGGACAGCGAUACCUCCUCUACCGAGUCGUCUCCUUUCAGUUCGCCCCUUCUGACCAGAUGCCCCACCAAGUCGUCCCUCUUCAAGGCACUGAGCCAUGAACUGCUGCUAUCGAAGAACAUAAGGAAGGCCAUGGUGUCCAGGAAUAAUUCCCUCUCCACAGAUGAAGGCAGCUCGACUGACAACAGUCCCAACGUGAUGAGGAGGACGUCAGAGGGCUUAGCUGAGGGCCUCCCCAGCUGUUAUAGCCUGGCACCCCCAACUAUCUUCCCCAUGGAUUUGACCCUGCACAGGGAGCGGGUCAUGAAAGAGAAAAAUGUGCCGAUAGGGAAGGACGGCUGCCUGAGACUCUCCGCAGAGUACUGCCCAGACAACCAAAGACUGAGGGUCCGACUGAUCAGUGCAGAGGGGCUGUACCCUCUGUCCGUAGACCCCAAGAUUAUUAACUGCAGUGUCAGCAUCUCAAUGGCUCCGGGGAAAGUCCAGAAGCAGCGCAGCACCGUCAUCCGAAAAAGCCGCAAUCCCAUCUUCAAUGAAGAUUUCUUUUUCGAUGGCAUCUCAGAGGAAGACCUGAAUAUGCGCUCCCUUCGCUUUAAAGUGGUCAACAAAAUGUCCACCCUCAAAAGAGACUAUCUGCUGGGUAGCAGUGAUCUGCCUCUUAGUACCAUUGUCAGCUUAAGCCAUUAG